AAGCGAGAUCCUUAUUCGCCUGUCAGUCUCCCGUCGGCAUCGCGACGAUAACAGUGUUUCGAGUUUUGCGUAUGAAUUAGUGACCCGUACAUUUUUUUCUCUCAUUUUUUUUGUCCCUUUCGCGUACGUUAUAUCAAACGCGAGAUUGUUUCUUUCUCCUCUCGAGAGUGAGAGAAAGAGAGAGAGAGAGAGUGAGUGAGAGAGAGAGAGAGAGAGAAAGCAGUCAAGGACUUUCUGACUCACUGGUGUCAGCGAUAUCGGGUUGUUGGUUGGUUGGGCGAACACGAACCCUCCCCUUCUCUCUCUCUUCUCUGCUUCUUCUCUCUCUCGAGCUCUCCUCCUCAUCGUCGUUAAGGGAGCGGCUGCUCGUCGUCGUCGUCGUCGUCGUCGUCGUCGUCGUCGUCGUCGUCGUCGUCAUCGUCAUCGUCGUCGUCGUCGUCGUCGGUUAGGAAGUGGUGGGCGUCUUCUUCCUCUUCUUCUUCGUCUUCGAGGAUUAUACGUUAUGGCAACUUACGCGGCUUACAGACACGUCGAACUCGACAACGUCGGUUACGGAAAGAAGAGAGUUUUGAAGCCACCAGGCGGUGGGAGCAGCGACAUCUUCGGCUCGACUCAAGACGAGACCAGUCCACGCCGCGUGAAGAAUCACAAUCAGUCUCAGCUUGGUAGCGCGUUAUUCGGUGACGCACCCGAUUCCAGCAACAACAGCAACAACGCGACCGGCAAUAUGGAUAACAACGGCGGCGAGAUUACACCACGUUCCGGCAAGCCCGGUAAUGAUUCAUACAAUCGCCUGUUUGGCCCUCCCGAUGCCCCACCCACAACCCCAAACGCGAAAAAUUACAUGCGCAGCAAUAUACCCCUCAACGGGGAUGAUACAACGUCGCCCGCGAAAAGUACAUCAAGCAGCAACUCGAGCUCGAGUAUCGUCAACGGCUUUACCAAUAGCAACAACUCUAACGUCAACGAUAUCACAGCUUUUAGGAGAAUCAAACGAUUUCGAGGAGCGUCCUGCAUGCCGCGCAAUCCAGUCACCGGAGACGGAGUCGACGUGACGCCAUUGAGGCGCACACGAAGGUGUAGAGAUGGUAAUCCAGUAACCGGAACUGGCUAUACGUCUGAGACACAGAAUGGAGGUUCAGCGAUGCAGAAUGGAACAGGCAGCUCAAGUUCCAGCAUAGGUGAGAAAUCGAAUGGCUCGUCGCCAACAGGAAAGCCAGCAGGAACUCGUACUCGCGUCCCACCGGGUGGAUACUCAUCUGGUCUUUGGUAAAAAGGGUUGGUCCAUCUCUCUCAGCAGCAGCAACAUCAAUAUCAGGAUCCCGUUUCCAUCUUAGAAUGUGGACUCAAAGACAAAAUUCGGCGUGUCAACGGUUGAAGAAAGGACAAAAGAGAGGAGAAAAAUAAUGAUAAUAAUAAAAAGAAACACACACACAGGCUCUAUCAUCUUAUUCCGACUCUUGUCGUACGUUUUCUGUAGCGGGAAAAAAUGAAUGGAACAUGCAAUAACAACAAAAUUACAUACCAACAAAUGAGAAACAAAAGAAAAUACUAGCCAUCCAUCCAUAAUUAAUUAUUCGAUUUUGAGAACUUGCAUAACUUAGCUGAACGAGUCAAAGAAAAGAAAAAGAAAAAAGGAAAGAAAAAAAUUAAUAAUAUUAAUAAUAAUAAUAUUAAUAAUAAUAAUAAUAAUAAUAAUAAUAAUAAUAAUAAUAAUAAUAAACCGUUCAUCGAUCGUUGAUUUGGUACUCUCGGCUUAUAGUUUCGUACGUGGAGAUAAACUUAAUCGUAAAUUACUACUAUACAUAUACAUAUAUAGUACUUUGAUAAAUUCAUCGAACGAGAAAAAAAUCUUUUUGAUUGUGUUAUGACACGUAUACUUACACAUAUACAAAUAUGCAGGCACGCAUACACACACACACACACACACACAAUCUCUCAUUUUCUCUUUGUCUCUUUCUCUCUCUCUCUCUUUCUCUCUCUUUCUCUUCUGUUACUUUCUCUCGUUUUCCCAACUCCGAUUUUCCAAACGAUGCAACCCCAAAUUGUCUACGUUAUCAUCUUCUUUAUUUUCGUCUAAUAAAUAUAUUUUGGCCGAAAAUUAAAACAGAUAAACGAAGAAACGAAAGGCCUGCCUAUCCUUCUCGUCGCGAUCAUUGCUUAGAAUUAAUACCGACUUAGUCGAGAACGCCAAGAAAAUAAUUUCUAGAUAGUGGUGAUUGAUCUUCUCGAUUGUAAUGAUCAAAAGUAAUAAUAAUUAAUUAGAUCGCAAUAGACGAGAAGAAGGCAUAAGAAUUAAACAACAACAACAAAAAUAUAUAAAAAUACACCAAAAAAAAAAAAAAACAAAACCAACUUAUAAUCUUCUCCUAAAUAUAAUUAAGAAAGGAAAACUAAAAAAAUUAAAAAAUAGAAAAAAAAUAAAAAAAAAAAUAAUACAAAAAUAAGAACAACAGGAAAAAGAGUCGCAGUCGUCGCGGAUAACUCCCCUCCCCCAGAGAACUGUGUACUAGAAUUAGUCAUGUGAUAAUAUCUAAAAUAAAAAUACAUGAUGCGUUAAACCCAUUAAA